UAUGUAUCGGAUUAACGAUUGUGAACCCCGAGCAAUAAGGAAUGACAUAUGAUGAGACCUACAGCGUCAUGCAACAGCUCAGAUUGACAGGAAAGAAAGUUCCAGCUACGAACUAGAACCCCACCUAAUCUCACAAACACCGGCCGAGGCUUCCUAGGAGUUCAUGUAACUUGACGUUUCCCUGCCUAAUAGGCAGAUAUAUUACAUAUUCCCCUUUAAUACAAAAUUUCCCCCAUCAAUGGUGAUACUAACUGCGGGAUAAAAACUUCUUUGUUAAUUCUCACUCGUAUUAAGCAGUAUAGCAAUGGUAUCAUCCAAAACUUAUCAGAGAAUCCAGGAUUGGAUCAGUCAACAGCAAGAAUAUGAGGCAACACACUCAGAGCCUGCCCCAUUGACAGAGGCCCAACGAAAACUGCUAGAGAAGCUCGAGAUCUCCUUACCGCCGGAGAUGCCACCUACGCCAGAGCCGGAGUUGGGUGAACCUAACUGGAUCGGUGUUCUACAAGAAUACCGAGCUGCUCGCCAAAAAUUGCCUUCGGGCAUUCCCGGAGGUGACUUUAUGGAAGAGCCAGGUCCAACCGUAGGUGGCGAAUUAAAAUGGUACUGCCGGGUGAAGAUCGACGAGAACGCAGAGCCAUUUCCCGGUCCAAAUGGUGGUUUAGUAAACGGAAAGCAGCCUUAUUUUGGGCGUAAGAAAGACGCCAAGAAGUACGCAGCCAAAUGUGCGGUAGAAUGGCUUAAGACAAACGGAUACAUGUAUCGAUCCGAGACCAAUGCCAUGAAAUCUACGCAAGCCUCUCAAGCCUCCCAACCCCCUCAACCUCCUCAACCGCCGAGGCCUCAGGUUACACCACAGUCUACACCGGCAAAGAAGAAACCGAAGCUCUCAUCACCUUCACCCAAAAAUCCCGCAAGCGCCACCGCCAAAUCCGAGCUCAAUGGAGCACCGGUGCUCCCCACUUCCCCCUUCAACAGUGAUGAGAUAUCAGCCGUAGUCGAGGUCGAUCGACUCUGUGCCCGUCUCGGCAUGCCUGGCCACCUUCAGUAUAGAAUCACAGAGGGCUCCGAGAGCGGGUUCUAUAACGGUUAUGCGGACUUAGGCAUACUGAGCACGAAAUUUCCCAUAGGCGCCGGCCGCGUGGAAAACGUCUUAGGCAAAAAAGCGGCCAAGGAGCAGAUUGCAGAGCAACUGUUGGUACAGUUACGUAAGCAAGCCGCCGAACACGACGAAGCGGAUAAGCGCUAUUAUCUAGAAAACCUACCGUCGAAGAAGGACGAGGUGCAAGUUCCGGCUUAGUCAGGAGCGCGGCUAAGGGAUGACUUGGUGCGGCUUGUGUUAUACUUGGUGUGUUGAGUCUUCAUGACUGGAAUGACUAGACUACAAACACGGACGGGAAUGGGUUCAACUUUAGAAUAUGAUAUCCAGUGGCAACUCAACGGGCGAGGGGCUACAUGGUGUACAUGCUACGACUUCUUAAUGAAAAAGAAAACAUGAGUAUAUAUAUUUGUUCCUUCUCUUCAUCUGAUAUUCUACAUGAGCCAUAUUAAGGAUAACAGUUCUCGUAAUUCAACUAACCCAAAUCAUGCUCUGAUGAGGAAUGAGACGUCAAUACAAACCCACGUGUUCGAAGACCUCUUAAGUCCCCAGGUGUCCUCUAGGAUAAUUCUUUACUUA